AUGGCAAUUUACAUUUCAGAUAAACGGAUCAGACCAGGUCGAUUGGUUUUACUUAUCUUAGGUGUAUUAUUUGGUUUAUAUAUUGUAAAAAAUCUACCUUCCAACACAUCUAGUCAUGUUAGUUCAGAGGUUACAGAUAUCGGUGAUUUUGUUCAAUUUACCAAAGAUAAAAGCCAGCUCACAGAAGAGUUGAAGCAUUCUGAAAGUGACAUUGAGACGAAGGAUGUUGGAGAUAUAACUGAAGAAUUCUUGAAAAAAAUGGACAGAAAGACUCAUAAAUGCCCAGACUACGUUGAAUAUUCACAGUUCAAACAUCCACCCUUUUCCAAUGGCAAGUAUAAAUACCCCUACAUGAGGCCAGCUCCUAAAUGUCGGACAUUUAGAUCAGAAGCAGUUGAACAGGUGAUAAAUGAUUUGAAAGAAAAGGUUGAAAGCAGUGAUCUUGCUCGCUUAAUCGAAAAUUGUUUGCCCAAUACGUUAGAUACAACAAUACUAUGGCACAUAUCCUCAUUAGAUUCUAAGCAAGUUCAAGAACCACACUCAUUCGUUGUUACUGGAGAUAUUCAUGCCGAGUGGCUACGUGAUGCAGCUAGACAAUUAUCGGUAUACCAACCGUUCAUAAAGUACGAUAAGCGAUUGAAAGAAUUAAUAAAAGGUGCAAUCAAUACACAAGCAUUUUAUAUAAUCAAUUCUCCAUAUUGCAAUGCAUUUCAUCCUCCUCCAGGAUCGGGUGUUAAAAGAGGUAGUACUGCAGUGGAUCAAGUAUUUCCAAGACCCGAUUGGAGACAAGUAUUUGAGUGUAAAUACGAAUUGGAUUCGUUAGCCUCAUUCUUGACAUUAACAAACGAAUAUUAUGAACAUUCAGGAGGAGAUUUGUCUUUCCUCAAUGACCGUUGGUUAAAAGCUUACGAAAAAGUACUUAUUGUAUUAAAAAGAGAAUCGCAGCCAUCAUUUGAUAAGGACUCGGGACAAGCUCUAAAUUUCUACUAUUCCUUCCAAAGACAAACCCAAAUUGGUUCUGAAACGCUUCCAUUAGGAGGUGUAGGAAAUCCUGUCAACUAUAAUACUGGUUUGGUCAGAUCUGCAUUCCGUCCUUCUGAUGAUGCUUGCAUCUUGCAAUUUUUUAUCCCUGCAAAUUCUCAUAUGUUAACUGAGUUAAAAAAGGUUAGACAAAAUUUCUUAGCAAUGGAGAACAAGCCAGACAGAGAUAUGUUGCCUUUAAUUAGUCAUACAGAUACUUUCAUAGAAAACAUAUCUGAAGGUAUUGAGAAAUAUGGUAUUGUAGAACACCCCGUGUGGGGUAAGGUUUAUGCAUACGAAGUUGAUGGAUACGGAGGAUCCAUUCACAUGGAUGAUGCCAAUAUUCCCUCAUUGUUAUCCUUACCAGACAUGGGCUUUGUUGAUGUGAACGAUGAAGUUUAUCAGAAUACUAGAAAAAUGAUCUUAUCUAAAGUUGGAAAUCCAUACUACUUAACAGGAACUCAAUUCGAAGGUAUUGGAGGCCCUCAUAUUGGUAUUCAUAAUGCUUGGCCGAUGUCUUUGUUAGUAAGGAUUAGAACAACGGAUGAUGACACAGAAAUAUUGAAGAGCUUACAACUUAUAAUGGACAAUACUGCUGAAUUAGGAUUAAUGCACGAAAGCGUUCAUGUCAAUUCUAAGACAGGUAAAGAUUUCACUAGGUCCUGGUUUGCAUGGUGCAAUUCUGAGUUUGGUAAGACGAUUUUGUAUUUAGCCAAGCAUAAACCACAUUUAAUAUUUAAAAAAGAAUUUUCAAACAAAGCAUAUGAUGUUACUAAUGCUUUGGCAUCGUUGGUUGAUUAA